GCUGUUCUUAAAAUCAUUUUCGGCGGCGUGUAUUUAUUUCUUAAUCAGUUUCUUUUGUCUUCUAUGAUACGUAGACAUGCAAUUUUAUUAAAAAUCUAGUGUUCGUUAUUUUGGAGUAGUUUUUAGUGUAUGUGAUUUGUAUAUAGGACUCGAAGUUACGUCUUACCAUGACAUAAGUAAUCGCAAUAUUUUAAAACCUUUAGGUUUAAACAAUUAUUGAACAAAAAUGGUGUUUGAAUCGAUAGUUGUCGAUGUUCUUAAUAGAUUUCUAGGGGAUUAUGUCGAGAAUUUGAACAGGUCUCAGUUAAAGUUAGGAAUAUGGGGCGGCGACGUAGUGCUAGAAAACUUAAUAUUAAAGCAAAAUGCCUUAGAAGAACUCAACAUCCCUGUCCAGACAGUUUAUGGACACCUAGGAAAGCUAGUCCUUAAAAUACCAUGGAAGAAUCUUUAUGGUGCUUCAGUAGAAGCAACAAUCGAACGACUUUUCUUGAUUGUUAAUCCUUCUGCUGAAGUCAAAUAUGAUCCGGAGAAGGAAGAGAAGAUGGCGCUAGCGUCGAAGCAAGCGGAGUUGGCGAGAGUUGAAGAAGCCAAGAAGAAAGAGGCACAAAAAGAUCAAAACAAACUGGAUGAGACCUUCGUAGAGAAGUUAGUGACACAGAUAAUUAAGAAUGUGCAGUUGAAAAUCACUGAUAUCCAUAUAAGAUAUGAGGAUAGUAUAACGAAUCCUAAAGCGCCCUUCUCCUUCGGAAUUACGUUACACAACUUGUCUGUACAUACCACCGAUGAGAAUUGGAAGCAAGCAGUUAUUCAAGAAGCUGUCACCAAAAUAUUUAAGAUAUUGGAUUUGGAAGGAUUAGCCAUUUAUUGGAAUCCAGCCACAGAGCUGUAUUCUAAGUCCGAGGCUCAGGACAUCAAGACAAGGCUUCAGAAUGAGAUCGCCACAAAAUCAUCGCAACCGUCAUCUUAUAAAUACGCAUUGGGUCCAAUUAAUGCCACUGCCAAGUUACAACUGAAUCCCAAGCCGGAGGGCGAUACACCGAAGUUCAGUAUACCUAAAGUGAUCCUCAGCCUGCACAUGGAGCAGCUGUCAGUGAGCCUCACUAAGACUCAGUACCAGGACAUGAUGCUGCUCGCUGACUCCAUGGACAGAAUGAGUAAAGGAGCCCCCUACAGGAAAUACCGUCCGGACGUAAAGACAUAUAAAAAUCAUUACAAGCAAUGGUGGCAUUUCGCCUACACUUGUAUAUUAGAAGAAGAGGUCAGACGGCGUCGUAGAAAUUGGAAUUGGACGCACAUGCUGAGCCAUCGCCAGCUGUGUAAGGACUACGCCAGCGCGUACCAGUGCAAGCUCAACAAUAAGGGGAAAGUCACCACCGAUCAGAAUAAUAUCAUCUGCCAAGCUGAGAAGUCAUUAGAUCUUCUUAAUUUAGUAGUCAUCAGACAGAGGAUAGAAAUGGAAGUGGAAAGAUUAGGUAAAAUGGAAGAAGAAGCCCGUAAGUCUCGCGGCUGGUUCGGCGGCUGGUGGUCUAGAGGUAGUUCCAAGGAUGAAGAACUUACGGAAGGCACUGCUAUAAUGAAACAGUUCGAGAAGGCGAUGACGGUGGAGGAGAAGGAGAAGCUGUUCCGUGCGAUCGACUACCAGGAGAACAGCGCGCCGCUGCACCUGCCCGCUGAGUACGUGGCGGUGGAGGGUCACUUCCGGCUGGACAGGCUGCAGCUCGCCGUCACUGACCAGAGCGAGGUGCUGCGCGCGCGCGUCGAUACAGUGCAGCUCGAUAUGCACCAGCGCCCCAGCGCCAACGCGCUCAGAGUGGAUGUUCAAAUGAAAUCGUUCACGGUGUCUGGUGUGCAGCAAGGCGAGAUUGUACCUCAGAUGGUCACGUCAAAAGAAGUUACACAAGACGCCAACUUGUUGAAUGUUGUGUUCGAAACAAAUCCAUUAGACGGAAAGUGCGACCAGCGGGUGCAAGUGCUGGCGCGGCCACUACAGAUUGUGUACGACGCGCAGACUGUCAUUGAGAUCGUCAACGUUUUCAAACCACCCACAGAAUCCACCGCUUUGACCACUUUACAAGCUGCAGCGGGUAAUAAAUUAUCAGAUCUUAAGGAAAAAUCUACACUGGGAAUGCAAUAUGCAGUGCAUAAUCAUACAUUCAUCGAUUUGGAUAUAGACAUCGCCGCUUCAUACAUUAUUGUGCCACAGACUGGUAUAUACAGAGGUAAUGAAGCGUGUGUGGUGGUGAAGCUGGGUGCGAUCAGUGUGAAGUCUGCGCCGCGACCGGAGCCGCUCGAUGUGCACAAGUUGCACCGCGAGGGGCUCGCAGAAGAGGACAUCCUGCGAGAGAUCACAGCCCGCAGUUACGACAAGAUGACGCUGCAGCUUACCGAAAUGCAGAUUGUGAUAGCGUCUGCUCAAGAGGAGUGGCAGACGGCGAUAGGAUCUGAAGUGGGCACGCCGCUGCACCUGCUGCAGCCCACCAACCUUACCAUACAGAUACAUAAGUGCCUCAUCACUGACGACCCUCGCAUGCCCAAGAUUAAAGUCCGCGGCGAACUGGAGAAGAUCGCCAUCUCGGUCUCAGAGGAUAGGUUGCUAACAUUAUGCGAAAUAUUAGUGAGCAUGCCUUUACCCCAAUCUGAAGAGACGACACAACUAAAGGCUAGUGAUUCGAAGGCGUCGAGUCUAUCUUUGCUCAAGUACUUGGAUCCUGCAGAGAAACAGAGAAGAGACACAGCGCGCUCCAAGCAAAGGAAAACAGACGAACAAUCCGUUCAGCUGACUGAAGUGGAGGCAUUCUUUAUCAUGAAAGAACUAAUUCUUAGUGUGAAUCGAAAGAUAUCAGCAGAAUCGCAAGGUUACGACAAAUUCUUAGUGUUCUCACUGCAACUGCUAGAACUAACAGCAACACAGAAGACGUUCACAUUAGAGGCGACUGUGAGACUGGGUGCUGUCAACAUGCAACAUCACAGAACUGGACAUCGUAUUAUCAGUAUGAUAGAAACACCAGAUGUACCGGUUAUUGAUGUUACGGAUACAGCUGCGACAACCAGUCAGUACUUAUUCGCAGUCACAUAUCGUAAUGUUGACAAGAAAUGUCCAGAAUUCAGAAGUCAUUACGGAUCUAUCGAGCAACUUAUUGAAUUGGAUUUCACCACUCUCAAAGUGUUGUUACAUUUACAAGGGCUGCAAGAGAUACUCAUCAUUGUCAAUGAAUAUCAGACUCGUUUACAAAACAUCCAAAGCAAAGUUGACAGAUACGCUAAUGCAGGUCCAUUGGAAACUAUUAUGGAAGAUGAAGAAUUUUCUGUUGCCAAAUCAAAAGCGAGUGUAUCAAAGCCUGCGCGUCGUAAGCAGAUUGAGAGCAUUCAGCUGAAGGUGAACGUGAAGAUUGGUGCGGUGGAGAUUGGGUUCGCGACGGACCGUCGGCCGCUCGCCGCGCUCAGUCUGCAGGGCGCCGGCGCCGGCCUCGUGCUCAAGCCCUCCUACACGCAGCUGGACUGCGCCAUCGCAUCCAUCAAGGUCGAGGAUCUCAACCCAGAGACUAUACAUAGAGAGAUUCUGAAAGUGCUCGGUGGUGACGUAAUCAAUGUACAAAUAGUGAUGUACAAUCUGGAACAAUAUCCGAGUGUUAGUGAUGUUAACAUGUCGAUAGACGCGCAGAUCAACUGCUUGCGUAUCGUUUUCCUCAACUGGUUCGUCACUUCGAUGUUGGAGUUCCUGAACAACUUCCAAACGGCACAACAAGCGAUCAUCGAGGCGUCAUCGCAGGCGGCGGACGCUGCGCGCGCCAACGUACAGAAUGCGUACCAGAACCUAACAAAGUUGUCGCUGAAGGUGCGCCUCGCUGCGCCCCUCAUCCUCGUACCGGAGAACUCCUCCAGCCGGCACGCCGUGCUUGUGGACCUCGGCCGCAUGACGCUCAACAACCAGUUUGUUGAUCUGCCCGUCGCUGACGUAAGUAAUAAAGUGACGGUGGAGGAGCUGAUGCUGGAGCUAGAGGAUAUGAAGCUGUCGUGUGUGGAGCUGCGCGCGGAUCAGCUGGACGUGUUACACGAGCGUAAGCUGCUGCGUCCUACCAGCUUCAAGCUGUUUGUGAAGCGCAGCCUGUCACAGUGGUAUGACACGCUGCCCGACCUCGACAUCUCCGGCAGGAUGAACACUAUUGCGAUUACUGUAGGGCAUAGCGAUUAUAAGAGUAUUAUGAAGAUCCUAAAUCAAAAUCUUCAAGAGGGACAGACGAAGACUGAAGACACGAAAGCGGCGCAGACCAUGCCCAAGGCCACGUCCAAAGCCGGAGUCAAGACACAAGUCAGCAAAGCGCAGGUCAAAUCUGUGUCGACUCCUGUAACACCUACUGAGGACAAGAAACCCAGAACAACUAUUAAAUUUGCAUUCACUAUGGAUAGCUUUGUUAUUGAUCUUUUGAAUACUACUGCCUCUGUUGAUAAUCCAUCAAAGAGUUUAGACGUGGAUCUAGCGCGGUUCUGUCUCGCGCUGCUGUCGGUUAAGGGGCGGAUGUUCUCAGACGGCUCUCUGCACACCUCGGUGCUGCUGGUUGACUGCACCCUCGACGAUACGCGCCCCGGUAGAGGGGCUAAGAUUACACGGUAUUUGGAAAGACGUCGUGAUAAUCAAGAAACAUUGCUGGAACGAACGCAUGAAUCGACAACUAUUAUGGAGGCAAACGACAAAAUACGCAGCAUGAUCGAUAUCACAUACACAAUGAAGAACUCGGAUACAUUUAUCGACAUGAGAAUAUUUAGUUUCAACCUGAUCCUGGCGAUGGACUUCCUGAACAAGAUCGCGGAGUUCAUGACGACGGGCCUGGCAGAGGACACGCCCGACGCCGCAGACAUUAAACUCAGGCCCAACGCAGACAAGUCCAUAGACAAUGCCACCAAACGUAAGACGAUGACGAGUAGUGCGGUGGUGGAGCCCGCUCAGAAGCCGUCCAUGAUGACCGUCAACAUAAAGAUCGAGCAGCCAGACAUCAUACUGGUGGAGUCGCUCGAGCAGAAGCAGUGCGACGCUCUGGUGCUUAAUAUGGAGGGUCGCUUCAAGUUGCGGCGCACAGAGGAGCGCAUGGUGGCGGAGGGCGGGGUGACAGGGCUGCAGCUGGUGCUGCGCCAGCUGGGCAGGUCGGGCGCUUCCCGCACCUUGCUCGCGCCCGCCCACGUCUCGCUCGCGCUCUCGCAGCCACCUGGCAGUGGACCACACGUCGAUCUCGCCGUCUCAGAUAUAAAGCUUACAGUGUCGCCCGAUAUAAUUGGUCUAUUGAACCGAGUGCUGGCCACGAUGACGAGCAGUGAGGAAGACAACGUUGAGGAGGACGACAAGGCCAUCAUCUACGAUAACCUGUGGGCCAUACAACCAUUCCGACCUAACUCCUACUGGUUCUUGAAAGCUGAAGAGGCAGAGGAAGCGAUAAACUUGGAGUCGCCCUCGGGUCUGGAGCAAGAGCGGCCGCCGGCGGGAGAGAUCUGCCUGCUGUCCAGCCCUUCCAUAGUCGUCUCAUUGGAGAUGGACAUCGGCAACGAGACCAUACCAGUCCUCGUCAUGCAGGCCUCGCUCACCGCGCAGCUCAGAGAUUGGAGCUCCGAUCUCUACAUGGAGUCGACGUGGGCCAUGCAGGUGUCGUACUACAACAUUGGGCGCGCCGUGUGGGAGCCGCUCAUUGAGCCUGUAGAGGUACUCAAGGACUCGCAGUACAAACAUGUGCCCUGGGAACUCAAGAUGGAGGUUGUAAUGAAGCCACAAGAAGCGCACACAGUAAUCGACACUACGGACGAGGCGGCCAACCUGCAGGUGGUGGCGCAGCGGCAGGCCAACAAGACAAUCACCAUCUCCAGCAGCGAGCCCCUCGAGAUCACCAUCACCAGGACCGGCAUGGAAGUGCUGACACAACUAGGAAACUCUUUCGCCGCUGCGGUGGCCACAGAAGCUGACACUACCAUUGUGACUAAGGCUAAGGUUGAUGAUAUCACUAAAAAGGAAUAUUUGGGCGCUCCGUAUGUUCUGCACAACUGUAUUGGCCUGACAGCGAAGCUUUUACUACAGAAUAACAAAGAUUUCUCAGUUUUCCUCAUAGAUGAACACAAGUCUAGUGAUUACAGGGAAGUUGUCCUAGAGCCGGGCGCAUGCGUUCCUUUGCAAUUGAAACAUGGCGGUCUCAAUUUGAUGAAACUUAAUGAACCACCUCCACCUCUUAAAUUAAACGUUAAGAUAGUCGAGCUAGACGAAGAAAUAAUAAUCCCGGUGGAGCGCGCUGACAAACGGUACUUUACUUUGGGGCGACGACAUUCAGGGUCAAAAGGAGGGACGGGAACUACAGGCACGCUGGAGAAACAUGUCCCUCAUGCAGCCGCCGUGGAGCCGCGCGGCCUCAUCUCAGAUAUCGUGAUGCAGGACGCCGCUCUGCAUAUAUACCUGCGUAGCAUCGUGCAGGUAAUAAAUAGUUUGUCGGUGAAUGUGUCGGUGUACUACAUGACACUGAGCGGUAACGAGGUGCGGCUGCUGGGCGAGGUGAAGCCGGCCGGUGUACUGAGGUUGCCGCUGCAAGCUGUGCACACGCCCACUGCUGAACUAUUCUUCUCCGUUGAAGGUUUCACAGUGUCGGUAUCGCCAUUCAUUUGGCGCGAAUUGCAGAAUGAAGUGACGAUAACGAAGCUGUUGCAGUGUGACUCGAAGGAUAAGACUAGUGGUGAAAAGUUCUAUCUUAAAGCGGUGGGCAGUAUGGAGCAAGUAUUCUUCGAGCACUCAAACAGGCAUACGUUCGCGUCCUCGUGCUACGAGGUGGUGCUGAAGCCGGCGGUCAAGCUGCAGAACUGCCUGCCCGUCGACAUCAUAGUCUCACAGCUCGGCCUCAAGCGAACGCAAGUCUUCAAGCCCGGAGAGAUGUUCCAUCUGUCGCAUCUGGCACCAAAUAGAGCCUCCAUUGUUGUUAUGAUACAAAGCUACCUAGAUAAAUGCUGGGUGUGCACCAAGAAUUUGCCUGAUGAGGAGACGGAACUGUCCGUCUGGUCGUUCGAGUCUCACGACAGCCCUACUGUGAUGACUCUGGACCUGGGAGUCCACAGCAGCGACACUGAGGGCACUCAGGUCCUCUCCCUCUACUGCCCCUUCUGGAUGCUCAACAAGACCGGCUUCACGCUCUGCUACAGGAAAUCAAAGAAACCAGAAAAAGACUCCAGCUCACCCAACAAGAUUGCAAAUUCACGUUGCUGUGAUUUAGUUAGACGUCAUACGUCGUGCUCGAAUGCUGAUGAAAUGGGUAAUGUAAUCUUCCACCCGAAAGAUUACAAGGAGCCGAUACUAUUUUCGUUCCGUGCUAAAAACUUCUUUGGCAAGAAGAAGGCAGCCAUUAGAGUGGAGUUUGGGGAGUGGUCGGACAAGUUCUCCUUGGAUGUGCCCGGCAGCUCUGGUGUUGUUAUCUGCCGGAAUGAGGGAAGAACUUACCAGGUGGCAGUUACGAAUCAGUUGACGUUCAACAGUUUAACGAAAAUGGUGAUAUUCACGCCUUUCUUCCUGAUCAUAAACGAGGCGCCAUUCGCUAUUCAAUAUCAGGAGCUGCAUCGUUCUGGUGAUCCCUGGAGAGAGGUGGAACAAAAGUCAAGUUCAGCGCUGUGGCCGGUGGUGGAGCGCGAGGACAAGCUGCUGUUGUUGCGUGUAGCGGGCUCCGUCGAGCACGCAGCGCCCUUCCUCUACACAGAGCAGCACACUGUCUGCCUCAAGCUUAACAAUGAGUAUGGCGGACUGCACGUGGAGGUGCAGCUGAGCGAGGGCGGUACGUACAUAACGGUACGUCAGUACCGCGACGGCCACGCCCCAGCACUCCUCGUCAACUUCUCCUCCCACCCCAUCGUUGUCUACGAGCGCGAGAACGUCAACGUCAAAAAAAUACCACCGAUGCAUCGUAUGCUGUUCACGUGGGAUAAUCCAGCCGGGCCACGCAUGCUGAUAUUUGAAGGCCACAAGAAGACUGAAAUAUUCAACGAUCUCAGAAAGGACGGUAUUGGAGAAUUUAUGAUAAGUGAGACGGAGCGGAUGUCAUGGGUGUCGUUCCUGGACGGGUUGCAGCGCGUGGUGCUGUUGACGGGAGAUGCACUGCUGGCUGCGGGCGCGCACACGCUGGGGGAGGCGGAGCCGCUGCACACCGAGGUCGUGCUCGCCAUGCACGGCCUCGGACUGUCUCUCGUCAACGACACAGAGGCACUAGAGAUCGUAUACGUCAGCAUAUCCAAUUCUGGAAUAAUAUGGGAGCAGUGCAAGUUGGGAGCUCGUCGCUACAAGAAGAUCGAAGGUCCAAAACUGCUCCAACUGGAAGAAGCCUACCAACGUUACAUCACUGAGAAGAUGGUCAGCGACGAACCGGUGCCAUGUAGAAUAUUAAUCGAUGAAAAAAUGGAGGUGGAUUUCGAAGAGAUGCGUAUACUGAAGCCGUCUCAGCGGCUGGUGCGACGCACGCAGGAGCCCGGGCUGUGGGCGAGUUUGGGUGUGACGGCGCACUCGCGGCGGCUGCACGCGCGCCUCUACCGCCUGCAAGUGGACCAGCAACUGCCGCUGCCCACCUUCCCUGUGCUGCUCGCGCCUGUGCCUCCGCCUAAGUCCGUCGUCAACGACGACCCCAACGGUAUGAAGCCGUUUAUUGAGGUGUCGAUCGUGGAGCGCAUAAUGGAGCACAGCAAUGUGCGCCAGUACAAGUACUACAAGGUGCUCAUCCAGGAGUUCCACGUGAAGGUCGACAUGGGUCUCAUCAACGCCCUCAUGGGCAUGUUCCCGCAGCGCCUGCUCACAGAACAAGAGGCGCUGGACGCGUUCCAGUUGGACAUGGAGCGCGCGGGGCAGCCGCUGGAGGCCCUGGCCGCGCUCAGCGCUGCUUCAGACCUCAAGAACUUCUACGACAAUCUGCACUUGUCACCGCUUAAGGUCCACGUAUCAUUUUCCUUGGGUGGUGCAACACAACUUCCCACCUUUGUAGGAACGUUGCUACAAAGUAUAGGCGUUACCUUGACUGAUAUGAACGACGUCGUCUUCAAGUUAUCAUACUACGAGAGGAACUACGAGUUCCUGUCGCAGAAGGAACUGAUCAGUCAAGUGCAGAGUCACUACACGGGUCAGGCCCUGAAGCAGCUGUACGUCCUAGUACUAGGUCUAGACGUCAUUGGCAAUCCCUACGGUCUCGUUAUUGGACUCAAGAAAGGUGUCGAAGAUCUCUUCUAUGAACCGUUCCAAGGUGCUAUCCAAGGUCCGGGUGAGUUCGCGGAGGGUCUGAUGCUGGGCGUGAGGUCGCUGGUGGGGCACACUGUGGGCGGUGCGGCGGGCGCUGUGUCUCGUAUCACCGGCGCUAUGGGACACGGCCUGGCCGCACUCUCGCUGGAUAAGGAUUACCAACGUCGCCGGCGUGAUAAUAUCAACAAACCUCCAGCUAACUUGCAGGAGGGUUUGGCGAGGAGCGGAAAAGGACUUGUUAUGGGCGUAGUGGACGGUGUGACGGGUGUGUUCACGAAGCCGUUCGAAGGUGCUCGUGACCACGGCGUGGAGGGCUUCUUCAGGGGUCUGGGUGUGGGCGCCGUGGGCCUGGUGGCGCGACCCACCGCUGGGGUCGUGGACUUCGCGUCCGGUUCAUUGGACGCCGUCAAGAGGGCGGCGGAUCUAUCGGAGGAGGUGACGAAGCGGCGCGCGGCGCGCUACUUGCCGCCCGACGCCGGAGUGCGACCCUACUCCCGUCUGCAGGCUGAGGGUUACAAGAUGCUCUCAGAACUGGAGAAGGGCAAAUUCGUAAGCACGGACACUUACGAGGCGCACGUGUGGGUGAUCGCGGGCAAGGAGGCGGUCAUGUGCACAGACAAGCGCCUGCUCUACCUCGAGCGUAAUAACGUCUUCGGCGGCUGGCAGAUCGUAUGGACUUACCUGUGGACGGAGAUCCCUGAAGUCCCCACAGCGGUCAGCAAAGGAGUCUACAUACCGACUGCUAAGAAGAAAGUAUUGGGAAUGUUCUCAAGCUCGGGUUCAGGCAAAGUGAUAUUCCUGUACGACGAGCAACAGAAGCGCUACCUGCUGGCGCAGUGCGAGCGGUUGAUGCGCGCACCACGUUGACAUGAGGCUGUAGAAGGAAGGUCGCCAUCCCCACCACACCCACCGCGCCCAACGCGCUCUCUGGCCGACUUCUUUCUACUGCUGGACCGCACCACGCUGAUGCUGACGCUGCACGCACUCGCCUAUCACUUCAACCUGCACCACCUCAACCUGACCGGCACCGGCUUCCGCUGAACUGUCAAACUUGUACAAGGUAAUCAAAAUUUGUUAUCCCCGUCUGGUUCUGAAUACAUUUAAAUUCGUUAUUUGGUCCUAAGCAAGGUUAGACUUAUUGCUACAUAUUUUUGUUGGUUGGUACAACUUAGUGAGAAAAAGUGACCAUAUUAGUUCUAGGCCCAAAAUACGAUGAUGUUAUUUUGAUUACCAUGUACGUGAAUUCGGCUGAUUGUAUUUUAUGUAAUGGACUUAUAUAACCGUGUGCUAUAUUUUUUUAUAUUUUACUUCAGCAACGUACAAGCAAAUGCUU